UUGAACGUAGCGCGUGAUACAUAAAAAUGCUCGAUAUCGAAGAGGGUUUUGAAGGUUUCUCGAGUUCUCGAAGCGCGUCGCUCGUCUUCUCUUUUGAAUUCCUGGCACCGGAGGGGAAAAGAUUCGUUGCAUAAAAAGGAAGAUGCAACGUGUUCGUUCAAUGGACGUCGCUGCAAAGCGCCAUUGGCGGGAGGGAGAGUAGUCGAAGUUAGUUCUGGUACGACCAGAAGGAGGCGCCCAUUCCCGCACCCUCAUUCAUAUCCGUAAUGGCCGCUGUCUAGCGUUGUUCGCUGAGUGCGUUCUCUUCGCGCGCGCGACGGAGAGAGCGCGAGAAAACGGGAAGGAGAGGGAGAAAAAUAGAGAGAGAGAGAGAGAGAGAGGGAGAGAGAGGGAGAGCGUGAAAAGAAACUCCGGACGUGCCGUCGUGAAAAUUCAGUGCGCGCCGAUCAACGUCGCGUGGUGUGAAAGUGUUUGGUCGUCUUUAAAAACGUUCGUUAUUCUCUCGUGCAACGAAGGAUACACGAAAGAACGCACCGUCGAGAGGAUACUGUAGCGUCGUUGCAGUAGUAGCGGUUAGUACGCGCGAGGCACACGCCGAGAUUCUCCUUCUUUUCCGAGGUGGACCUAGUGCUUUGGAUGUGUACGUUUGGAUGUGAGUUGAGAGUUGGAGUGAGUUAGUGCGCGCGAGCGCAAAUGUGCCUAUGCGUUUGCCACUACUGGUGGUAGUGAGUAGUGUGUUUUUCUCGGUUGUACGAUUACUCGAGGAGGAGGAGGAGGAGGAGGAGGAGGAGGAGGAGGAGGAAGAGGAGGACGACGACGAAGACGACGACGAAGACGAAGACGACGACGAAGACGAAAACGAAAACGAAGACGCGUGGACGAGCGUCCUUCGUGAUUUUAUUUAGAAGAAGGAAGAAGAUAGCGGAUAGGUGAAAUUGAGACGACGCUUGUUCGUCGCCUUAAUCCUGAGUUAUCUCCUCGAGACGAAGAAGAGAGAGAGAGAGAGGGCAGAGACUGUGCUAGACAGAAAAAAAUAGACGGAAGAAGAGACACCGUAUCGCGGUGUCGUCUCGAGUUAACUAGCGUCGUAAACGGAAGAGUGACAGCCCGGUUUGGACGAGGAAAAGGAGAGAGAAGGAUAGAAGGAAAGAGAGACGACGAGUCGGUGGACGUCGUCGAGACGGAGGAAACCCGUCGACGACUUUCGACGCUCACGCCGCCCCGCUACGAAUUCUCCACCGUGGUUCAAGGUCUUCUAAAAUCAUCCAAGUACGUGCAGUCGUCUACUGCCUGCCAAGGCUCCUCGAGAAGACGACGAAGAUUUCUCUUUGCGAGAAAAACGAUUCGCUUUUCUUCUUGAUUCCGCUGCGAUCUGGUGCACGACGACGACGACGACGGCGAAGAAGAAGUUGACGGUGACUGUGAUGUCGAUGUCGAUGUCGAUGUCGAUGUCGAUGUCGAUGUCGAUGUUGACGGCAGAAAAAGAAUCGUCGAACGAACGUGCCUUGGAACGCGAAGAGAAGAAAUAACAGGAACAGGUACGAAAGGAGCAGGAGAAUUUUGGAGGUUCUUCCAAAAGUCGAGAGAGAAGAGAACGUGUGCCAAUCGACGAGACAACAGAGUCUUCCCUUCCGAUCGUUUCGAAGGAUCGUUCUUGAACGAUCGAUCGUGAUUCGAAAUCGUGAUUCCACUGCCAAAAGAGGAGACUUUCGAAGUUUCGAGAGAGACGGAGAAAGAUGCCAAGCCGUUAGAUUAGUUUAGAGAGUUCGCAUAACUUGGAAGUCUUCCCGAAGAAGCUGAGUCGUUGCUGAUUCGAAUCUGAGAAGAAUCGAUCUCUUCUGGUUCGUCGUUGACGUCGACGUCGAGGAGUAUCGUUUAUAUGGCAAUGCGGCACCAUCGUCGCCGAACUUUAUCGCGCAGGUAUUCUUCGUGCUACGCAGAGCGGAAGUCGGAGGAAUAACGCAGAGAGGAUGUUCGGGAAGGUGCCGUCCGGUAUCAAUUCGAACGCAGGCCCUGGACCGCCCCAUCAAAAUCCUACGAGCAAGGUCCCUUACGUCAGGCCAACGACUGGGACGACGUGCCUCUCGUGUUACGAAGUACCGAGUAGUCAAUCCGGUACUUCCGAUGAGAAGGCAAAGUCUUGGUGCCCGGUGUUGUCCGAGUCAUCGCCGUGUAAUCCUUCUCAGGAUCGUUCCUUACCCCUGUCCACUUCGUCCUCCGUUACGGAGAUCAACGGAGCCACGAGAAACGAGCAACAAGCUUCGUUCUCGGCGAACAGGAACCUGCAACUCGGCAAUAAAUCCUCGUCUUCCGUCAAGGACUCUACGAGGAUCCACAGAUGUUCUUCCAAUCCCAAUUGCCCCGGUCUAUCGAGUACAGCUACGAAAACGUCUGUCGGUUGUCUCUCGCCAAGAUCCCAAAGGAUUACCAUCGGCUCUGCCUCGUCGAAUCUCGAGUCGAAACUGACGAGAAAACACUCGGUCGGUAGUCGAGAGUUCGCAACCGGCAGAGAGUCGUCCUCGUGCAAGUCCAACUUCAGAGACGCGGUUCAAUCGAAAAGCAACGAUGCUACCUCUCAGAGCGUCGACGAAGUUCCGAACGUCGUCGAGGAGGACCUCGUCGAUCCUUCGGCGAUCCUGACGAGCGCCACUUCGACCGUUCAUCAAGCUCGAGCUGCUCAAAAGUCUGCGUCUAGGUCGAACUCGACGGGCGAGAAUCCUUGUUGCUUCGAAAGAACGACGGAAAGAGGCGAGUCCAAGGAUCAUUAUCAUCAUCAUCAACACCAUCAUCACCAUCAUCAUCAUCAUCAUCAUCGCAACAAUCUUGCCCGAACACCGGCCGAACUUUUGCAACAAAAUUGCAUCGACUUCGUCAUUCAGGAUUUACCGACCGAAUUGCAAUCCUCGCCGAGAAGUUACAAGGAUCGUGAAAAAACUCGCGACACUUGGAGACCGACCGAGAUGGAGGGAAAUUUGUGCGGACUGAACUCUUGUUCCGGUGACUCCUUCCAAGACGGUACCUCCACCAAGAGGAGAACCGGUGCGUCCUGUCAAGCCCUCAGGCACGCCGUUGCUUCCUUGAAUCGUCUCGAUGACUUUUACAUGGAGAAAAUUGGCGCUGGUUUCUUUUCCGAGGUGUACAAGGUUACGCACAAGGUAACCGGUCAGGUGAUGGUCCUAAAAAUGAACCAGCUGCCUGCAAACAGGCCGAACAUGUUGAAAGAGGUUCAACUUAUGAACAAGCUCAGCCAUCCGAACAUACUCAGGUUCAUGGGAGUCUGCGUUCACGAGGGUCAACUACAUGCCUUGACGGAAUACAUAAACGGUGGUAGCCUGGAGCAACUGAUAAUGUCACGGCAUACACCGUUGCCCCACCUGAUACGCAUGAAUCUUGCAAGGGACGUCGCACGUGGGAUGGCCUAUUUGCACAGUCGCGGCCUCUUUCAUCGCGAUCUAACUUCAAAGAACGUCCUCAUUAAGAAGGACGAGAAUACGACGGAGAUGACUGCCGUGGUCGGCGAUUUUGGAUUAGCAGCUAAGAUACCGGAUCCUAGUUCGGGUUAUAGACUGAGCACGGUCGGCAGUCCUUAUUGGAUGUCACCGGAAUGUUUGAAGGGUCAAUGGUACGAUCACAGAUCAGACGUCUUCUCAUUUGGCAUCGUCGUUUGCGAGCUGAUCGGUCGCGUUCCUGCUGAUCCAGACGUUCUACCACGCUCAGAUAACUUUGGCCUCGAUUAUCUGGCCGUGGCGGAGAUCUGUGCGGCUGCCGACCCACCACCUGCCUUCCUGCAGCUAGCCUUCGAUUGCUGUACCUACGAGCCUAAAUCGAGGCCAACUUUCCCAGAGAUCAUGUCCAGUCUCGACAGCAUGAUCGGCAAUUACGAGGAGGAAUCGAAGAACAGCAUCGGUAACAGGCAGUCGGCCGAUCCAGCCCUGAUGUCGAGCAUGGACGAGAUCGUUCGGGAAGGUCGUACGAUGCGGCGUAGAACGGCUCGACUUAGAAGUCAAUCCGCCGACGCCAGAGGUUGCGACAACGCGACGCCAUCGGACAAAGCCAGAUGUCAUUCGUCGAGAAGAGUGGCUGAACUGGCCAGCCGGAGGGAUCCGCAUUACAGACCUAUGACAGCGAAUCCGUUUCACGCGUUGGGCGGCGUUAAGAAGAUCCUCGGGGACCUUUUUUCCAGUUGUUUGGAGUUACCGUCGCUCGAAGACGUCAGGCCAAGCGUUACCGACGGCGUUGGCAAGUUCAAACCGGCGCAGAACGACAGUAUCGCCAAAAUCCUGGAUAGGAAGAAGCCUAAUUCGGAACCCAGCAGUCCUACGGCGAGAAAGAAGUGGGAAAGGAAGGUGGCUACGAAAGUCGGCGCGGCUAGUCUCUUCGCUCAUCCUCUCUUCCGAGAUGGCUGGGAACCAAGAAGACGAGGUAGCUGCGAAUCAGGGUUCUGGAGUUGCGUCGGGGAAGACCUCAGCCCUGAACCGCCGAAUCGUCGACACACGUCGACCCUUAGCAGCUCCGCGGCCAGUAGUCUUUUCCUGUUGGACGAUCAUAGGACCAGUUCGAUAUACACGGAUUCUUCCGAAGACAUAGCCAGUCUUGGCGGCGGAGAUUCUUCCUGUUGGGAGGAUAGACUGAGCGGGAUUGGAUCGUCCAGUAAAACGAUUUCAAAGAUAGUCGAGUAUUUCGAGAGGAAACAGGCUACGGCAGGUAGCCUGAGACUUUGCGAUCACGAUUCGGUAGCUCCUAGUAGGAUGAGCUUGUUGAGAGCGAGCUUGGAGGGUCCAGUUCCGUUGUGCAGUAUUUCGGCAGCUCAGAGGCUAGUCGUGUGCGAGGGAGCCGUUCGCAGCAAAUUGCCUCUUUUCGAUAAGAAAUGAUCGAGUCCGUUGAGACGCGAGACCUUCGUUACUUAGAGUUUCUUAUUUUCGAGGAUACUCCCGCGAUAUAUCCGCCUUCCGCGUGUUUCGGAGGAAGGAACUUUUCGAGUAGCUCGAGCACGUUCCGUUGCGCAUAAUAGGUGUCGCUGAAGACGAUUAAGGAAAAGAUCAAACGAGAAGUAUCCCGGCGGGAUAGUGCGUUUGCGUCGUGUCUCAAAUACUGAAAUCUAGGAACCCGACUGUGAUGUUUUUGAUAAUCUACAUAAAAAUACCGCGAACGUGACCGCUCGAGUUUCGAUACGAAGAAGAAUAGAGAGUAUCGAUCCGGCGCCGGAGAUCUCUUAUGCGCAACGCUAGGCUCCUUUCUAAACUCUUUCGAUCAUACGUGAUACGUCUGUUUCCCGUUCGGAUCGAUCGAUAAUCUCUUUUCGUCGUUCGUCCAAACAAAAUUGCGAUCGGUGGCCUAAUUUUCUUUUCCUCGAAAUUUCCUUCGUUCGGAGAUUUAUGCGAUUCUGAUAAUAUUUUCUGAUAUCGUUCGUUCAUAGUAAACCUUAGACGCACACUGAUCGACUAUGAACGCGACAGAAUUAUACCUUUGCGAAACGUUUGCACGUUUGACCAGACGUACACCGUAUAUACAUAUCCAUGUUCGAGGAAAGAAAGGACAAAGCAAUAGAAACGUUUCGUUGAAAUAACGGAGAUCAGUGCGACAGGGAGGAGCACUGUUCGCGCCCUUAUCUUUUUGCAGUGCCUCGCAGUUCCUAGUAUAUAUCCAUUUCCGUCCUUCCGCACGUAUGCAGAUCCAGACCGUUUGAACCUUUAGGAGAAGGGGCGAUGACACCGGAUCGGUAAUUGAGCUUCCUAGAUCGCGUAUAUAAUUGAUCGUUAAAUCGCCUAGAUCGAUUGAAAGGAUCGAAAGAAGGAUCGCAUUAGGAGUCUCUGCGAGCGUUAUUUAACUCCUUAACUUAAAGAAGAAGGAACGAUUGUUCGAACAAACGAAAGAGAAAAGAAAUUUUACAAUGUACAUACAUUACAUAUAUAUAUAUAUAUGUAUGUAUGUAUGUACACACACACAUAUAUAUACGCAUACAUGCAUAGAUAGACGAUCGCGUGUUUCUUCGAUUUUCAAAGAGAACUUCGCCAGGGCCUAAGUUCUUUUCCGUACUUCCGCGAAUGAGUCUCGGCAAAGAGAUUCGUCCAAAUCCGACGAAAAUCGAUAGUCGAGACUCGUCGAUCUUUUUGUGCCCGAUCGUUAAAGUAGUAAGAUAUAUCCAUAGAUUAGUAUACUCAGGACGAGAGAACGGAAGAUACACACACACAUAUAUAUACAUAUACGUGCAUAUAUAUAUGUGUGUGUAUAUAUAUAUAUACACACUAUAUUUUGUUGGCGGGAAAAUCCGUGUCCUGAAUAUUUUUGUUGAGAGGUGAAAAAAGAACGAGUGAAUGAAAACGAAUGAAUGAAUCGUUUACGAAAGAAAGAUAAAAAAAAACAUAUGAAACUGAUCUAGUCAGUGUAAUUAAAUGUGGCGGCCUUAUCUUUUGUACGUCGUAAUGGUUAAAUCGAAGAGAAACUUAGGGCGUUAGAAAUUCGAUAGAUAAGCAGUAUAGGACGUAAGAGUGAUCUUUUCUUUUUUUUUUCUUCUUUUUUUUUCCCCUUUCGAUACGGAUUAUUUAUACGAAAUACAAAGAGUGAGAGAGAGAGCGAAUUAGAGUGCACGUUAUAUACGGUGGUCCUUAGUUACGUCCAAUGAAAAGCGUUCGCGUUGAUUACAAUAGUGCAGCUGUGAAAUCGCUUAAACGUUCAAUCGUUUCGUCGCGCUACUUCUUAUAGGACGAGUCGAACCAAAUUUUUUUAAAUAGAAUCGAUAGACUAUACACACACACACACACACACACGCACGCACGCACGCGUACACAUAAACAUAUACACCUUUUUACUUAUCCAAGUUCGUUCACGGGUUUUACCUGAUAAGACUGCGCGUUUGUUAGAUAUUGUUUGUAAAAGAGAGAGAGAGAGAGAGAGUGAAUGAGCGAGCGAAAACAGUAGAUUGAAUUUUUAUCUCUCGAUAUUCGCAGUCUCUUCCUCGGCCAGUGGACUGCAACGAUCUUGCAGAAUUUCCUUCGUUUCCUUUCUCGUUUUUUUCCCUUCCUUCUUUAUAUCUUCCCUUCUUUCCUCAUGUCGUUGAUGUUUUUGUUUACACGACGCGUCAAUCGGUACCUGAAGAAUCGAGACGAAUGGACUGCGAACGUGUUAGGUUUUUAUUAUUAAUUAUGCGGACAUAUCGGGAGUGGACAUAUCCUGAAAUUCUCGUUCGUAAAAAGGAUGAAUUGUAAAGAUAGGAACGAGUAUUCGUAUGUAUGUGUGUAUGUAUAAAAGAGAGAGAAUGAAGACAGUAUCGGUGGUCCGAGAGACGCAUUUCUCGAGAAAAAGAAAAGAAAAAGGGUUAUUUAUUUUAAGUAAAAACAUAGAGUACGUAUAAAUCUCGUUACAAAACACAGACAUUUUUACGACGAGCGAUGAAAGGGCGUUACAAAAGUUUUUCGACGAACGUCUGUCGAGUAUGGAUGUGCGAUGAAAUGGAGAUGAAAGAAAGAAAAGUCGAGUAAACGAUGAGAAAUGGUGUGGCGAGACGAAGAUAAUAAUAGCUAUAACAAUUAAUCGGUAAUAAGUGAAAGAGAGAAUUUUGGUGGAGCUCUAUAUAGAUAAACUAUAUUAUAUUGUAAAGAUUCCUAUAUACAAGAGUAAUAAAACUAAGGACUCCCAAUUUUUACCAAAAGAAAAGAAAAUAGAAGAAAAGGAAAGAAAGUAAGACAAACGAAUAACUUUUAAAGCCUUUCUCUAAAGCCAUCGGAGUGUCGUCGACCUGGUCGUUUAAACUUUUCAUUGAUGAACGAUAAAGAGUUAACAAAAAAAGAAAUGGAAAACGUAAUCUUAGAAUGAAACAAAAAAAUGAAGAACAACGAUAUCCCCGUGGAUGCCUUGCAAAUUUCUUCUUUAUCGGAAUAAAGGUUCGCGAAGGUCACGAUGUGUGAUGUCCUCGGCUGUGUUUUAUCGAUCGCUUGGCGGACUAGUAGUCGAUCACUUUUGAAGGAAUGUAAUGGACAAAGGAUUUACGAGUGUUCGCACAUCUCGACAUUCGAACGCAAGUUUUUAAAAUUGUUGAAAGGACCAAUUAGUUCUCUUCUCGCGCAAGGAGAUAAUAAAAAUAAUUCUACAACGAUAGGCGCAAGAAGCGAAUGGGAUACGAUCGACGAACGUAGUAUCUACUGUGCCCUUUGAAAAACAAACAAAUAAUAAUAAAAACAAAAUAAAUUAA